AGUCCAGGACAAACCGAGCUAAACGCCUUAACGAGCGGUGCGCGCUCCCGCGUACGGCAGUCGACAUCUGGCAGACACUUUGGCACAACACCUGUCACCUGGUGUUUCAUCAAAGUCCUCUGUGACACUGAGGAGGUGGACGUGGCUUUCGUGGCGCUGUUCUCUGGACUUGGAAUGACCUGUCUCGCCGUGGCUCUGGUGUGUAACACCAUCAGCGGGCUGACGCUGGUGCUGGCUCGGCUCAGGAGGCAGCCCGGCUCCCAUCACCCGGCCAAGUCCCACGACAUAGAGAUGGUGGUCCAGCUGGUCGGCAUCAUGAUCACCUCCUGCAUCUGCUGGAGCCCUCUGCUGCGAGAUACAAGGGAACCUAACAUGACGGACCUGAAUCAGCCCAACCAUCAGAGGACACUCCAGCCUAUGAAGUAUUAAGAGUCUAAUUGUGAUCGGAAAAUUAUAAAUAAAUGUUGAUAUUUAAAGAAACAGUGGAGUUUACAUAUGUUAAACCAAAGUCAGCUUUCUAUGUGUUUAUAGAGCGCGUUUGUGAAAUAAUAUGUGAUAGUUAAUACUUGAAUUGAAUUUUAGACUUGAUUUUCUGAGGAAAUGUAAAGAAUUAAUGUAAAUAAAACCUUUAUUCUGAUAUUUUGGAUGUCCAGCAGUUUGA